GAUGCAUAGCCAUAGGCCCCGGUGGGCUGGGUUAUCAACUACACCAGAAACACUUGACAGUCAAUUUGCUGGCUUCUUCCCUCUCCUUGGAGCUUCAAAGGGGAAACUGCAGGGAUUUUCUUUUUCAUUCUUUCUUUUUUGGUUUUUGAAAGCAGAGAAAAUUUGAAUCGCUUCAAUGUCGUCCGUACUCAACACUGUAUCAUCCUUGAGGCUAUCCAGAGUUUACAAUAGCAACAACAACAAUCACCUGCGACUCCCAAUUCACUCCGUUUUAACUCCUCCUUCUGUCUCCUUCACCAGACGGAGAUUGACUAUCAGAGCGGCGGACACUGAUACUAAUGAAGUAAAAUCCAAGGCACCGGAUAAGGCACCCGCCGGCGGUGGUUCUAGCUUCAACCAACUUCUUGGUAUCAAAGGAGCUGCUCAAGAAACUGAUAAAUGGAAGAUUCGUCUUCAACUUACAAAGCCAGUUACUUGGCCCCCAUUGGUAUGGGGAGUAGUUUGUGGAGCUGCUGCUUCAGGAAACUUCCACUGGAAUUUGGAGGAUGUUGCCAAGUCAAUUCUUUGCAUGAUAAUGUCGGGUCCAUGUCUAACAGGCUAUACUCAGACUCUCAAUGAUUGGUAUGAUAGAGAGAUUGAUGCAAUUAAUGAGCCUUAUCGCCCGAUCCCUUCAGGAGCAAUAUCUGAGAAUGAGGUUAUUAGCCAAAUCUGGUUGCUACUCUUAGGGGGCCUUGGCAUAGCUGGUUUACUAGACGUGUGGGCAGGGCAUGACUUCCCUAUUGUAUUCUACCUUGCUUUGGGAGGAUCCUUGCUAUCAUACAUAUACUCUGCUCCUCCUUUAAAGUUGAAACAAAAUGGCUGGAUAGGAAAUUUUGCUCUUGGAGCAAGCUAUAUCAGUUUGCCCUGGUGGGCCGGUCAAGCAUUGUUUGGGACACUUACACCAGACAUAGUUGUUCUCACACUCUUGUACAGCAUAGCUGGGUUGGGUAUCGCCAUUGUUAAUGACUUUAAAAGUAUCGAAGGAGACAAAGCUCUAGGAUUGCAGUCACUUCCUGUAGCCUUUGGUGCUGAAACAGCUAAAUGGAUUUGUGUUGGUGCUAUUGACAUAACUCAAUUAUCUAUAGCUGGGUAUCUUCUAGGGGCUGGUAAGCCGUAUUAUGCACUCGCCCUAGUUGGUUUAAUAGUUCCACAAGUUGUAUUUCAGUUCCAGUACUUUCUAAAGGAUCCUGUCAAGUAUGAUGUAAAGUAUCAGGCAAGUGCACAACCAUUUCUGGUUCUUGGUUUACUGGUGACUGCUUUAGCAACGAGCCAUUGAUGAAGUAUAACUGGUGGAGGACAAGAAAGAGAUGAAAGUAAGCUGAUGAGCAGAGUAAAUUGUGAUCGAAUGAAGCAGCAGCUAGCUUUUUUGACUCAAAAUGUAGUAUUUAAAUUGUGAGCUUCCACAAAUCCAGUGACUGUUCCUUCUUGGUUUUCCAAGUGAUAAUAAAGAAUUGUCCAAUUCUUAA